AUGUCGGUAAAAAUAUUUCCGCGAAACAAAGAUAUUGUUACGCAAAAUUUAAGAAAAUCAAACAUGAGAGUCAGAUACCGGUUACACGAAUAGAAAAAGAAAACCGAAAAUGCACCGACGAAUUAUAAUUUGUUAAAACAAUUGUUAUUCGUUUCACGGAAAUUCACUGCGAAGGGAAAAGAAAAGAACGAUAAAAAAGAAAGGUCAAUUACUUGGAGGGAAUGAUAUCUAUUCAUCUUUCCCUGAAGCAAGUGGAUUCUGUUGUUGAAUCACUGCACCGUUGUAUAGUGGCAGGGGGAGGUCUUUAGCCCCCUUGGUGAGGCACACGCCGGUAAUGAGUGUUUAUACCAUAACUGCGGCGACACCAACAACGAGUACAAUAAUAUCAACAACAACGGCAACGACGACGACAGCUGUAACAGUGACGACGACGGCUACGCCGACAACAACAACGGCACCGGCGGUUGCCGUGUCGCCUGAAGCUGCGCCUGGUUGGAUAGAAUUUUGUGAGAGACACGCCCGCGCUUCGGCUUCUGAUUUUGCUAAGGCCUUUUGUACCUACGUCAGUUUAAAUUUACCAGAAAGUGCAAGAUCGAAUCUUUCCCAUCGUGAUUUUUUAAGAAAAUUUGUCGAAAGCUUUUGUGAACACUUUGAAAGCGAAUACCUACGUCGUACGAUUAGAUCACCAUCUUUGUAUGACACAAGGCAUAUAGCAAGUAAUGAUAGAGAUGUUAAUGUUAUAAGCCAAAACAACAAUGCUCCUAUUCGUAUAUCAUCUCAUGAAGAAUUCAGUGAUUACUCUGAACAUGAUGGAGAUGCAAUAUCACCAAAGCCUGCACACAAACCAUUUUUCCGCCGCUUAUCCUUUAAAGGGCUUAAGAAGGGCAAAAGCUUCUUCCAUAAGCAGCAAAGUGAUGAAGUGGAAUUAUCUCAUAGUGAACAUCGUAGAGAUAAGCAUUCAAAAGCUAAACUUUCAAAGAUUGUGGUGGAAUGUAGAAAAGAAGGCAUUGUUAAUUCCUUAAUGGGAGAAAAUAUUGAUGGAACUCAAAAAUGGGAGAAAUCUAGACUUGCCUUAAUAAAAGCAAUUGGUGGAUAUAUGUUAGAAUUUUAUUCUCCUCCAAAAGCAGUAAAACCACGUAGUGGUGUCUUUUGUUCUGCAAUAACUGAAGCCAGGGAAACAACUGCACUAGAAAUGCCAGAUCAUGAAAAUACCUUUGUAUUAAAAACACAAAAUAUGGAAUUUGUAAUCGAAGCUCAUGAUUCAAAUGAUAUGAGAUCAUGGUUAGCUACUAUUAAAUAUUGUAUGCGCACAGUACAACAAAAUUCUGUUAAUCCUAGUUCUGGAACAGAUGUUACUGGAGAUUCCUUAGGACAUGGUUCAUUAGCUAUUGGUAGUGAAGGAGAUAGAUUAAGAACUAAUUCUACAAGUAAAAGUUCCCGAUCUACAUCGCAUGAACAUGGAGAUGAAAUAGGUGGCAAUCCUCCAGAAAUACCUCCUAGACUACGUAUAAGAAGUAAUAGUAAUCUGGAAUUAUGUUCAUCACAACAGGAUAUUGAACAAAUGAAUGCAAAUGAUGGUGAAUUAGAUUUAUCUAGCAGUUUAAGAGAAUAUCCAUGGUUUCAUGGGACCCUGCCUAGAUCAGAUGCAGCACAGCUUGUUUUACAUAGUGCUGCUAAUGGUCAUGGUGUAUUUCUUGUUCGACAAAGUGAAACAAGAAAAGGAGAAUUUGUAUUAACUUUUAAUUUUCAAGGCAGAGCAAAACAUUUGCGUAUGACAUUAAACGAUCAGGGACAUUGUCGUGUUCAGCAUCUUUGUUUUCCUGCUAUAUAUGAUAUGCUUGAACACUUUCGUCGGAAUGCCAUACCUCUUGAAUCCGGUGGAACAGCAGAUGUCACUCUCACAGAAUUUGUUGUGGCGACUGAUGCAACACGGUCAGGACAUCAUAAUGCAUCUGGAAUAAAUCAACAACAGUUACAAGAAAGGAGACCCCCAGCUGCUCCAGAGCCAAGAGAAGUACGCACAUAUGGCGGUUCUAUAAGAACACGUACAGAAUCACUGGAAAGACUGGAACAACAAAACAACGUUACAGAACAACAAAGUUCAUCAUCAUCUAGUGGUAGAGCAAUUCAAAAUACUUAUAGUUUUCUUUGACGAUGGAUUCAUAAUACUCUACCAUCAGGCUACAACCCAGUUGGUCCUUUAGAUUAAAUAGUUUCCCUAUCAACUUAUCCUACAAAGCAAGAUAAUUUUAAGUUGAAGUUAUUAUUGUUAUCAUAAAGUGUUAUACAAAAGUGUAUUAUUUCUCCUAUGUAAACAAUGUAUUUUUUCAAAUCAACUGCUUCCAACUUUUCCAAUCUUGCAAGAUGACGUUUUCAACAACUAUAUUUAUUAACAUGUUUUUACCUAAUUUUGGAAUCAAAACAUAAUCUUCGAAAUAUAAUUGUUUUAUAAAUCAUUUUUAAAAUGAUGUAUAUAAAUUAUUUCAAAAUUUCAAUGAAAUUUAUAACAAGAUUGUAUCAGUUGUAUUCUCUGCACGUUCAGAUAUAUCAGCUCAAAUUAUCAUAUAAAUCAUAAUAAACAUUGUAAGUAUUAUAAAAUAUUUAAAAUAUCAUAAAACUAAAAGACCACAGCCUUUGUCUUUAUUUUACUGAAGUAAUUGAGGAAAUAUUUUGAAACUAUAGAACACAGUCCAUUAUACCAAUUAAUUUACUUAAGUGUAUGUACUUACAUAAGAAUAUAUAUAAAAAAAACAUGUAAAUGUAUAUGAAAGUUAGUCUUGUUUUAUAUAUAAAACUAUUACAGACAAUCUCUUUACUAUGACUAUCCUUCCUCCUACAUGAAUUGUAGAAUAUAUUGUUAAAUAAUACUUAUAUAUAGAUCAUACCAAUAAAGUUUGAUUUAAAAAAGUCAGAAAAUUAGA